CAGAAAUAGAAUUAUAAACAGUGAGCGAUGGAGGACAGUGCACUUGCAGACAGUAUAGCUAGGCUUUGCAUAGAAAAAUAUAAUUUUCUAAAGAAGACUGGUAAACCUAGCGUUCAUGAGUGGACCGUGUUAUCUGGUAUCAUUUUGCAAAACGCUGAUGGCUCGUUAUGUCUGGUGGCACUCGCUACUGGGACAAAAUGCUUAGGAGAAUCAGAAUUAAUAAACAGCACUCCAGAAGAGAGGGGCUCUCGAUUAAGCGAUUCUCAUGCGGAGGUGUUAGCCAGGCGCGCAUUUGUACGCUACUUGUACGAUCAGAUUGACAUGGCUCUGAGUGGUUCUGGGAGUGCAGUUUUCUCACGGAACAGCAAAAAUAAAAUAGAAUUAAACAGCGACAUUUCCUUCCACUUUUUCUCAAGUCAGACGCCUUGUGGCGAUUGCUCCAUUUUUCCCAAAGAAGAAACGUGUAACGAUGCACCUCCAUCGAAGAUCAGACGGAUCGAUGAGGAUAUUAAUGGAUGUAUAAUCGCCGAAUCGUACAAAGAUAUAUACAGGACAGGGGCGAAAUGUGUUAAAGAAGAGGAGACACGAGAUCCUCACUUACCCGGCGUCAAUUAUCACAUUGUGGGUCCUUUGCGCACUAAACCAGGCAGAGGGGAUCCUACAAGCAGUUUGUCUUGUUCUGAUAAGAUAGCAAGGUGGCUCGUUCUUGGUUUACAAGGAUCUCUUCUAUCGUUAUUGAUACCACCGAUAAAACUGGAGAGCAUUACGAUUGGAGGUGACUGUCCUUUCUCUUUGGACGCGAUGGAACGUGGACUGUACAAAAGAUUCAACAGUGAGACAGAUAAACCCAACAUUUUUCAAGCUAAAAUCGCCUUUGUGCACAAGAAGGGAGAAGAGAGAUCGCAUCCCUGUCCAGCAAGUAUCAUAUGGUGCGCCGUGAGAAACAGCACAUUAGAAGUGGCAGUUGCAGGCAGAAAACAGGGAGCAACGAAAAAGAGAAAAGGCAGUAGCUUGCUCGUAAGUAGACAAAUGCUCUUGCAAGCCUUCCUGCAAAUCUUGGACAAAUAUCAGGAUUAUCGCAAUGAAAUAAGACACCCCAAAAAAAUCAUGUAUUACGACUGGAAGCAAUGGUCAAUAGUUUAUACAGAUAAAUGGGAACGAUUGAAACUUGAGUUAUUCCGUAACUGGCCACGUAAAUCGAUGCAUUCGCGAAAUUUUUCUCUGAUAUGAUACUUUUAAGCAUAUUUUAUAUUGUAAAUAAAUAAAUAAAUCGCUGUUAUUGUACUAUA